GCUAAGGAAAACCGGAUAGUUGUAAAGCGAACCGGAAAGAACCCAAAUGGACAUGGGUUCAACUUUCAUGGGGCGUUGGCAAUCAAAGAGAAUAAUACUCCAUACACAAAAGCUCGCACUUAAUCAAAUCAACCAAUAACUAUCAUGUUCUUCGGUCACUGUGUUCACUCCUUUUUCGAUUCGGCUUUCACGCGAUCCAUUUUCAUUAUUUGACGUACUGUUUCGUUGAUCUUUAGAUGCAAAUUUUCAGAUCAGUUUCCAGUUGCGUUUGCAAAAUUAUCGAAUUAAUGGGAACAGACGGUGUCUUGGAUGUUGUACUAAGCCGUCAUUUGUGACUACAGAUAAUAAUCCAACAGGAAAACCUCAAGACACAAAUAAUAAUAAUAAUAAUAAUAAUAAUAAUAAUAAUAUUAAUAAUAACAAUAAUAAGAAUAAGAAACCUAGUAUUCUAGAAGAUUUCUAUAGUAGCAGUACAUAUGAUAUGGAUAGCAGUCUACAUUACUCACAAAUAACUGCCUCAUCAACUACCAACCUCCCACUGGAUCAUAAUACCCAAUCCACUUCUUCCAUCAAUCCUUCAGAAUUCAUAAACCAUGGUUUUCUUCUUUGGAACCAGACAAGACAACAAUGGAUUGGAGAAAAGGCAGUUGAAAAGAAUAAGAAAGCUCGUGAACCUGUUAUAAGCUGGGCGAUUAGAUGGAAUGCUACUUAUGAUAAUUUGCUUGGGACAAAUAAGCCUUUUGCAAGGCCCAUUCCUCUACCUGAAAUGGUAAAUUUUCUUGUGGAUAUAUGGGAACAAGAAGGAUUGUACGACUGAAAAAGAUAAGAUUUGUGGUGCGAUUGUUAUGUUGAAUUUAAAACAGUCAAAACUUGAAUGUCUUCUGUUUUUUAUGUUUUUAAUGUGAGCAUAAAUAUGUUCGAUUGUCUAUAAUUUUACCUAGAACAAAUCCUAUGAUGAUUUUUGUAAUGUCGAUUGAAUGAAUUUGGUUUGAAAAAUGAA